ACCAAAAUGGCUGCUACAGGAGAGGAGGCUGCAGCCAUGGAGAGCAUCUCCAGAGCUCCAGCGGCUCUGAACCCGACCGCAGGCUCCGAUGGACCGGCAGAGGGACCGAGGGAGGGGACGGAGAGUCCGGCUCCGAAAAAAUCAAACAGUGACGGAGGCGUGGAGACUGCUGAGGAAGCCGUGGAGCCCUCGGAGCCUGAUAUCAACGAGCUCUGCACUGAUAUGUUUGAAAAGAUGGCUAUCUUUCUCCAAGGAGAGCUCACAGGUACGUGUGAGGAUUACCGUCUGCUGGAGAACAUGAACAAACUGACCAGUCUGAAAUACAUGGAGAUGAAGGACAUUAGCAUCAACAUCAGCAGGAACCUGCAGGACCUCAACAACAAGUACGCUAGUCUGCAGCCGUACCUGGAUCAGAUCAACCAGAUUGAGGAGCAGGUUUCAUCACUGGAACAGGCCGCCUACAAACUCGAUGCUUACUCCAAGAAACUGGAGGCCAGAUUCAAGAAACUGGAGAAACGAUGAUGAUGAUGCUGAGGAGGAUGAAGAUGAAUAUUUUCAGAGGUAUUUACGUCUUACUGUUCACCAUCCCUAAGAGGAAAUGACCUGGACCGAGACAGAUGGCCUGAAUGAGGAUCCAGCUAAAGGACUAAUGAAGCACCCAGGCUAAACCCUCUGAACCCCCACAGACCCUAACGGUAUCAGGACUGGACUCGGAGAGUCCAUAGACAUGAGUGCUAGGACCUCACACUGGAAACAAGAUUCAGCCAUUAAAUAACGAGAGUAAAAGCCCACCUCAUGUUUGUGUUUAGUUACGGCGUCUGUAGGUGUUUCCCUCCAAAAUAAAGUCUAAAGAACACGAUAAAUAUGAAAACAACAGAAAAACACAAAUAACUCUUCAAAGUAAAACCACAGAAGAAGAAAGGAUCCAGCUCUGACGUAUUCAUUAUUAAAACUUUCCCUGUGUUUUUUUUCCUCUGUCAGUUUUUCUUUGACAUUAUUGAUCAUUGCUUCAGUUUAUUGUACGUUUUUUUACAUUUAUCAAGGACCAGCACAUCCUCCACCUCACCAGGUCACUAUGAACUCUGGGUAAAAUCUCGCAGGAAAGUCUGCAGCCGUGUGGAUGCUCAGAAAGAGUUUAAGUUACUGUUUAGAGGCUGCAACAGGCAAUGAUGAUUCAGGACGGAGUGACAAACCUGAAACACAGGUGAGAGUCUGUGAGGGCGGGGCUUAGAUUCAGCCAGUCUGCUUUUUUGUAAUGUCAGUGAAGCUAGGGAUGUUGGGGGCUUUUUUGUGUAGUGUUCUAAGUUUUAAUGUAGUGUGUGGCCGACUUUAUAAGCUGUAAAGAUGACAUCUUUAACGGCAAGGAUGGAAUGUUUCAUGGACUGUAAAGGAUGACAUCUUUAAAGUCAAGGAUGUAAUUUUGAUGAAGCUGGGGAUGUUGGGGUUUUUUCCACAUAGUAGGCCGUAGUUGGCAACUUUUGGAAAGAGGGGGAACAGGCAAGGAGUGAGGGUUCCAGACAGGCAGUCAAGGUUCUUUUAUCAUUUCUGUGUAUUUUCCUGCAGAUCAAUAAUGACUGAUCAGUGGAGCUCACUGAUUUACUACUAAACUGAAUGAAAUAAACCUAUCACAGUAGAAUAUAACGGCACAUUUAGAUCUGAAGAUGAAGCGUGCUCCUAGAUCUAUUCUCAUACUGUCUCGGUUCUGUUUAAUCCAAUACUUUCAGUAAACCAGAGUCUUUAAAACUCUGAUUCAUCUCUGGCACUUCGCUCUGAUUGGAGGAUCUCUUCAGUCUUUUUUAUUGUGCUGUCAGCUGGAUUUUUCCUUUGUCCACUUUUGUGAGUUAGAAGUUUGCAGUGAAAAAGCUUUGAUAUAAAUUCAGCCUGUUUUCUAUUUGUGUGUAGAUACUAACAGUUAAACUGGAUCAUGUUUUCUGAAUAAACCAUGAAGUAAA